CUCAUCGCCCAGUAGCUCCAGCUGCCAUCAAACUGCCACCGGCUCUGCAAGAUGCAAUGAAGACACUGACAGCAAUCCAGCGUGCGAAAUUGCUUGGAGAGGAUCGAGUAUCUGUUAUGGAACUGGUAAGCGAUAAAGAUCGUAAACGUCUUGAACAACAUCGAAGCAGAUGGGACCAACGGGAAAGGCCAGAUCAUAGAAGAGAAGAUACAGGCGGCAGCAAGGACCGAGUUGAGUUCCCCAAUGAACCUAUGAAACAGUCGAGGUUCAAAGAGUACCUGAAGUAUCUACGAAGAGGACUCGUACUGCCACAACCGAAAGAGUUAACUGUAUGGGAAUGGGAAUCUGAACGUAAGGAGUUUGAAAAAAGAUUAACCGCUGAAGAGAGAGGAAUGUUACCCGAGGUCCGAGCAAGAGCACAACCUUUGGCGAAAUCUAGUCUGGCAUUGCCAAUACAAGAGCUUCUUCAGAAUAAGUUUGCUAAGGAAACUGGUACUUCCGGUCAUUCUGCCAAACAUGACAGCGACAAAAUGGCAGCCGUCAAGAUGGGCAUGUUUGGAGACAGAACGCGGACAACGUUUCAGUGGUAUCCCGACAAUGUUCUUGCGAAACGAUUCAACAUUCCGAAUCCUUACCCAGGUGCUGGAAUGGUUGGUGUGCCUCACCUCCAAAAAAGCACGAAAAAAGAGACUUUACUCAAUCUUGGUUUGCCUCAAACUGCCAGCGAGAUUGCUCAUAGAAGGGCUCGCGAGAUAGAGCAUCUUGAAGAGGAAGAGGCUGAAGAGGCGAAAUCGAAGGAGCUGCGCGAUGAUGAUUUGGACAGACCACCUCAGAAUAUCUUCGAUGUCAUAUUUGGAGAGAGCGACAGU